AUGGCUGCCCAGAACGGUUCCUCCACCGACUUCACCGUCAAGGCCGGUCUGGCCCAGAUGCUCAAGGGCGGUGUUAUCAUGGACGUCGUCAAUGCCGAACAGGCCCGCAUUGCCGAAGAGGCCGGUGCCGCCGCUGUCAUGGCUCUCGAGCGGGUCCCCGCCGAUAUCAGGGCCCAGGGUGGCGUCGCCCGCAUGUCCGACCCCAGCAUGAUCAAGGAGAUCAUGAACGCCGUCACCAUCCCCGUCAUGGCCAAGGCGCGUAUCGGUCACUUUGUCGAGUGCCAGAUCCUCGAAGCCAUUGGCAUCGACUACAUCGACGAGUCCGAAGUCCUCACCCCCGCCGAUGACCUCUACCACGUCACCAAGCACAACUUCAAGGCCCCCUUCGUCUGCGGCUGCCGCAACCUGGGCGAGGCCCUGCGCCGCAUCUCUGAGGGCGCUGCCAUGAUCCGCACCAAGGGUGAGGCCGGCACCGGCGACGUCGUCGAGGCCGUCAAGCACAUGCGCACCGUCAACGCCGAGAUUGCCCGUGCCCGCGCCAUCCUGCAGUCCGCCGCCGACCCGGAGCCCGAGCUCCGCGCCUUCGCCCGCGAGCUCGGCUGCUCCUACGAGCUCCUUCGCGAGACCGCCGAGAAGGGCCGGCUCCCCGUCGUCAACUUCGCCGCCGGUGGUGUCGCCACCCCGGCCGACGCCGCCCUCAUGAUGCAGCUGGGCUGUGACGGCGUCUUCGUCGGCUCCGGCAUCUUCAAGUCCGGCGACGCCAAGAAGCGCGCCAAGGCUAUCGUCCAGGCCGUCACGCACUUCAAGGACCCCAAGGUCCUGGCCGAGGUCAGCGAGGGGCUCGGCGAGGCCAUGGUCGGCAUCAACGUCUCCCAAAUGCACGAGACCGACAAGCUGGCCAAGCGGGGGUGGUAG